AUGACGCAGUAUUCGCGCAUCGAGGCUUUUGAAGAAACUACUAUCCUGCCCGAGAAGAUGCCCUUAGCUCUUACUGACUCUGCGGGUGAUCCUGUAUAUGACCAUGAGUCCUCAGCUUUGCCUAGAGUCAUCGACAAGCCCUAUCAAUUCCGAGAGGGGACAUCUGGAGAGCAAUUCGACGGGUUAGAGACGAAUGUGACGAGACUUUCCGCACAGGAACGUGAACUUUCCCAUAUUCCCUUUAGCUUAGAGCCUAUGGAACAAGACUACGUGCUCCGUGAAGUGAAUGCUCGAUUGUCUCAAUGUGCAUUUGACUUCGUCGCCAAAUAUCAGUUUCCAAUACAACUGGUGGAUUACAGAAGUACUGCGGAAGUGGAUAACGACUUAGAAUGUGCCUCUAUAUUUCGCGCAUCCACAAACCGCAUCUAUGUUGGUAACUUGCCAACGUUUGUUUCUGAAGAUGACAUACGUACCCAUUUCUCGAUCGGAUCAGAAAAGAUCGUGAAGGUCAAGGUUUUGCACGGCUUUGGCUUUUUGGAGUUAAUGAAUGGUCUUGCUGCUGAGAUGACUGUGUUACGUUUUCACGGUUCCGAUUUAUUUGGUAAUCGAUUAAGAGUGCAAUUGGCGCGCCACUUACCAAAUAAGAACCAAGAUCCUCAAGACAGCUACCACAAAGUGAAGCGUGGUCUUUCAGGUUCCAUAAAUGACUGCGACAUUCCCGCCGUUGCAGACACUGGAGCCGAAGAAAACAUCAUGUCCGCUUCAUUUGCCGGCAAGAUGGGCCUUGUACUUGCUGGCAGAGGCAAGACGUUCAAACAAGGCAACUCGACGCUGAUCGAGUCCAUGGGUGUGAACACCAUUCAUUUCAUCGAACAAAAAUACGACAUCCAUGCUGACGAGUUUACCGCAGGAACUGUCAGUGUUCAAUGGUCUUUCGCGAACGAAGCCUCAAAAAAACUGAAAAUAAUGUGUCAUGUGUUGCCUGAAUGCCCAUAUGAUCUUCUUCUCGGCCGCAAGUUCCUCACUGCAACAGAAACGUUGUCGAAAUUUCGAAAACGACUCACAAGUUGCCUAUUUCGCGCCAGUGGAGUGUCAAGUAUCAACCUCGUCGGAGACAACAGUAUGUAUCUAGACGGAUUGUUGGGGGACGAUAUUGCGGCUUCGGGCAUUGCAGACACAGGAGCUGAGCGGAACGUGAUCGAUUACGACUAUGCGACGAGUCGUGGUCUAGCCAUUGAUGACGACGCUGAAGCUUGCGGAUAUCUACAAUUCGCAGACGGUACGACGCAGCCAACUCUGGGUCAGGUGAAAACUACGUGGACAUUGCAAAAUGGCGUCGCAGUUCCUUUGACAUUGGAAGUUCUCCGCAACUGUUGCGCAACAUUGAUCCUCGGCGAGGACUUCCUCUUUGAUAAUAACGUAUUCGACUCAUACGAAACCCUCGUUCUUGGUGACGAGUUCGAUACAUCGUACCACGAACCCCCUCUACUCGCUCCUUUUGCGUACAAAUCUUCCUGGCAAAAAGCCUUGGAAGGACUUCUCCAUCUUUCGAAGAGAAAGACACGAAGAAGAAAGAGGAAGAAUAGUGUGAGCGCUGCCAAGGUCUCCAGCCCUGAGCGAUUGAGAGCAGAAGAAGAGCAAAGGAGAAACAUGUGGAACUACCAAUAUGGCUUCGACGGAUCGAGGACCACGACAGGUGAGCGAGAGCUCGAGCAGCAACGUAGAUCACAAUUCAAAGCUACCUCGCGCCAGGCUUCUGAGCAGAACAGGCCGCCAAGGAUCCCGAGUAUCCCGACGCCUGUAUGA